AUGAUGCCAGCCUCACUCCUAAAACUGAAAGUGCAACUGUCAUGUUGGAAGACCUUGUGCUGUAACCGUCUGUGUGCUAGGACGAGAUAUCCUACCAAGUCCACAAAAUCCUCCGCUUCCACCCAAUGGUAUAGAGCAAGGAUUUUUGGACAACCAUGGAGACCUCUGCUAACGGAUCCCACCCAAAAUCUACAGAAGACGAGCUGCUGGUCAGCAUAGAUAAUGGAAAUCUCCCGAAAUCCCCUGAGAAAAAUCUAAGUUUUAUGAAAAAAAUUGAAAGUCUUAGAAUGAGUAAGAAAAAUCAUAAGAAGCCGAAUGAAGCAGGAGAAAUAAGUUCUCCAGAGAAACAAGAGUCGCCUUUCGCAAAAGAUUCGAAUGUGAGAUCCAGUAAAGUAUUCUUAAAAAAGCAGCACCACACAGAGGAACCUGAAUUGUCAGACAAACCGGAAACUUUUGGGUCUUUGGUGUUUAGACUAAGUAAGAGGAGCCCAAACAAAGUGGAAAAAAAGGAAGAUUGCAGCUCUCUGGAAAGUAAAGGUCCACCUGAAGGAGCCGGUUCUCUGGUGGAGAAAUGGAGGAGAAGCAUGAGGGGAAAGAAGAAGAUAGAAUAUAAUGAAGAUGAGAAGAUGUCUACACCAGAGGAACCAAAGAGUGAAGACUUGGAGGAACCUCAGAUGUUGUCAGUGAUGGAAAUAAAUGGUCUCAUCCAAAGAAGAGAAAUUAAGAGGGCAUUUAUAAACAUAGAAUUAAUGGAGGACAAACUCCUUAAGGAUUAUAGCACCAAUGACUUUCAUGAGAAUGUUACAGAGUACACCAUACGUGGAAAAGAUGUGGACUUGUUAUAUGGAUCCUUGUUCAACAUGAUAAGGUCCAUUGUGAAGGACUCUCUUGGCCAAGACCCUGUGGAUAAAUCAUUGAUCUCCUCUGUGGUCUAUGUUAUAAAUAAAGAAGCAGAAACUCAUAAAAAUCCAGUAGUGACCCCAACAAAUUCCGAAGUUCCCAUUUGUGGCCAGCCUCGACAAUGGAAAAAAUUAUGGAAAGAGGCUGUAAAAGACAGUGUUGGCAAACAAAUAGAGUCAGUGCCCAUAAAAGAAGGAGAAAAUGGUUGGCUUGCUGAACACUUGGAGAGUCUCAAGUCAGUUAGUGUGGAAGACUUGAAAAAAGUGAAGAAUUCCCUGAAGUCCCUCUACCCUGAGGACUAUGAUGUGUGUGGAACCUACUUGAGAAGCUAUAACAAUGCUCUGGUCUCACACCUACAGAAAAAUAUUAUACCUUUGGCCCUGGAGUUCAGUCAACUGUACUGUCUACUAGACUGGACAAUGAACCAAUACAGCAGUGAUGAUUUUAUGGGCAACCCUGAACUUCAUGCGGAGAUUAACCCUUUAAGUCUUCCUCGGCUGUUAGAAGGAGAAUGCCUUGAGAAACUCAAACAAGCUUAUGUUCAGGCCUUGCAGAGAACAAUCAGAACCUAUUUGAACAACAUACUAGAAAUGGAGAAGAGGAACUGGCAAAAUGGUGAAGAGGCAGAAGAACUGGUAUUGGCAGACAGCUGCCACUUACCCAUUUACACAGACGUUGAGGAGAUUAUAGGAACUCAUGUCAGAAACUCAGCCAGGCUCUCUGGUGACCUAGAGACUUCCUCAUCUAACGCCUGUGUAGAGGAACUGGGGACGUUCACCACAAGGCUGCAAGUCGCCUUUCAUGAAUGUGUCAGCACCACGUUCACCUCCUUGUUUGCUCAGUACACAGUUGUCUAUGUGAAUAGUUUCGCCAAACUCAGACACAACACAACACAUUCUGAUGCAGAGCAAUACAGAUGUGCAGAAACCAAGCUGACCAAAGCCAUCAAAAGUCUAAAACAGCAUUUCUUUGAUGUUUUUAUGGAGGACACAAAGCCACAUUUUCAGAAGAUAAUCACCAAAAACUGGCUGAAGAAGAAUACAGCGUUCAAUGCCAUCAUGAAGUCAUCGGGCAUCCUGUGUCAGUGGCUGAAAUAUUUGCUUCCUCCAUAUGAUAAGGACUUUGCAUGUGGGAUUCACCAAUACCUCGUAAAAGAAUACAUCUCGCAGAUUAUGAAGAGGAAAAUGCGCCUGAAUAAGUUAAGACGAAGAAAAGCAGCGCAGAAAAUGAGAGAAGAAGGUGACCUGAUAAAUAAGGCUGCAGACGACAUGGGUUCUGAUCUGGACAGCUUACAUCAUGCAAUUCACUGCAUUUCUGAAAUUAUCGGGGCCAAGAAAAAAGAUGAGAUUGAGCCCAAACUGGAUCAACUGUUUCACCUGCAUCCAGAUAUCAGUGAGGAUCACAUUUUGUGCAUUUUACAUCUUCACGGCAUUAGGAAAAGUACAAAACUUCUGAGACAUUUCCAGAAAUUGCAGGAAAGUCGGCAAUCAAACCCUUCAUCGCAGGACAGCCAGCAACCACCAUUAUUCUCAGCAAUUGAAUGUUCACCACAAGUGGCUUGUUUCACCCUUUGAGAUGAAGCCCCUCUUCCAAAACUGCCAGAAACGCGACUUCAAGGAAAAGCUCUCCUCCACUUGCUGCCUGAGAAAAUGGACCAUGUGCUGUCACUUAGACUUGAUUUUAAUUAGGUUUUAAUGAUAGAGCUGCAACUUGGCACCUGAAAUCUACUGUGAAAGACCCAUGAAUGUCCAAUUUUCCCUUCUAGUUCCAAAAAGCUACCAAACUGGGCAUAUUUACUGUUAAAGAGCUAUCCUCUGGAUAGGUCAUCAGUAUCUGAUUGGUGGGGGUUCGACAUCUGGGAACCUCCACCUAUCAGCUGUUUGAAAAGGCAAUGGCGUUCACAGUAGUGUUUCUCCGCUUUGCCUAGGCCAUGUGAUGUCACGUUCAUCGGUCACAUGCAGCUGAGCCCUAUGGAAGUCAAUGGGGCUGAGCUGCGAAUCCAAGCACAGGACUGCCGGUGUGUUCUCAAAUAGCUGAUCGGCAGGGUUCCUGGGUGUCUGACCACUACCGAUUUCCAGUGGUUAGGUCAUCAGCAGAAAAGUCUCGGCAAACCUUUUUAAGAAAGAUGGGUUAGAGCCCUUUUGAUGAAAGCCAUAUUGGUACUCACCCAGUGUCCAACCAAACGGGGUGGGACAAGCUCUUCUGGUGCCCAGGUGGAGUUUCAGAGCGCAGCCCCCUUCCCCACCUUCUGCAUUGGCACCUUAGGCAACAGCCUACUCUGCUUAGAUGUUGUUUCAGACAUUCCACUAAAAAACUGAUUGAAUUGAAGACUUUAUAAUUUUAUCUUCCAUGACUCAAUCACUAGUCGAUGCUCAGUCUUAUUUAUAACUGUGAAAUUAUAAAGUAUCUAUUGCUGCUACAAUGCCUGAUAGGAACCGAACCUCACUGCCAAAAUGUUCGUAAUUUGUUACAAUCAUAGAUGUGUGAUACAGAUAUAGUAUAACAUUCCAACCUAAAGCGACAAUCGAGGAAUAAGAUAUUAUUUUGGAUAUUAUCAUAAAUUCAUUGAUAAAAACACGUGGUCACUGUGUUGCUAUGGACGGAAUAUUGUAACUAAUUCAAUCUUUUUGUUUUACACGGAGAAAAAGUGACAUUUUCUAUACUUUCUCCUUUCUGCUGAAAAUGUUUGCGCUUAGUUUUAGGAGCAUUAGAGCCUUUGUUCCUCUACAUAAGAGCCGUUGUAAUAACGGCCGCUCCUGCUCCAUUGCAAACAUUACAGAGGCUGCCAGCAGACCGUCCAUCCA